ACUGUCACCACAAUUUGAGUGAUUUCGUUCCACAAUGUCGAUUUCAACUUCGGAUGAGGAAAUUUUAAGUUUCCGUUUGAAUAAUAACAAUGGAAGCGACGGAGAAUCCUCCAUUGAACUAGUAAAUGAAGAAAACAUCACCGUCAUCGAUCUGAAUACUCAAAUAGAACAGCAUGAACUGGACAACACUCGAGAUCGCACAAUAAAUGUUUCAGGGAGAAGACGUUGCAAAUGUUUGAAAUGUGGUGACAAACUUCUUGACGAGUACCUCAAGUCUGUUUUGUCUAAUAAACCUCUAGACAAAUGCGUUCAAGAAGCUUCGAGGAGAGUAUGCCUCAAUGCUGAAAACGAAGACGAGACUGACGAUGUUGAUGAUUUGGAUUUGGAAGAAAGACGCGUUGUAAGGGAUUUUCUACAGAAUCAAUUGGAAAAAGGAUGAAUAUAGAAACAGGAUUAAUUUGAAAAAUAUAUUGUUAAGAUAAGUGGAAUAAGAAAAUUG